AUGCGCACGUCAAGUCUCAUCGCCGGCCUGACGGCUGUGCUCAGCCUGCCGCUGAUCGCCGCUUACGGACCAUCAAAGUUGCACCGGAGUCCACUCCGUCGCGUCGCUCCUGGUCACGCCGAGGUACAAGCUCCGCGGACGAUUAUGCGUCGCGGCAGUACCUUGCAAUACUUCAACAACAAGACCAGUGAAUUUUACGUUGAUGGCACGGGAAUCCCAGACGUUGACUUUGACGUUGGCGAAAGCUAUGCCGGUCUCAUUCCGGUCGAUGCUACUAAGCCGGAGAGCGAACAACAGAAGAACUUUUUCUGGUUCUUCCCCACCGAGAACCCUGCUGGAAAAGACGAUGUCAUCAUCUGGUUCAACGGUGGCCCGGGAUGCUCCUCCAUGGAAGGCUUCCUGCAAGAGAACGGCCCGUUCUUGUGGCAGUACGGAACCAUCAAGCCUGUCGCCAACGCAUGGUCCUGGCAUAAGCUGGCAAAUGUGAUCUGGGUUGAGUACCCCAUCGGCACAGGCUUCAGCAGCGGCCCUGUCACUGCUACAGACAACGCCGAGACGGCAGACCAAUUUGUCAGCUUCUGGAAGAACUUUGUCAACACCUUUGACCUGCAGGGCAAACGCAUCUUCAUCACUGGCGAAAGUUACGCUGGAAUCUAUGUGCCCUACGUCGGCGCUGCCAUGCUCGACAAGAACGACACCUCCUACUACGAUGUCAAGGGCGCGGUCUACUACGACCCAGUCAUGCCCUACGACGACGCCCUGAACUUUGACCACGCCGCUUUCCCCUCGUUCUACCGUUACUGGGAGAGCGUCUUUGCCCUUCCCAACGGCGCCAAGGAGCAGCUAGCCAAGGACGCCAAGAACUGCGAGCUCGACAAGUACGUCGACAAGUAUUUGACCUACCCCCCGCCUGCCCGUCCCUGGCCGGCAGCAAAGGUCACUGACGACUGCGACAUCAUUGCUCACUUUGAUGCGAUCUCGACGGUGAUCAACCCAUGCUUCAACGGAUAUCACAUCUUAGACACGUGCCCCGUCCUCUGGGACGUUUUGGGCUUCCCCUCCAUCAUGUACAGCCCCCCCAACGCCACCUUGUACUUCAACAAGCCCGAAGUCAGAAAGGCGAUCCACGUCCCCGUGGACUACCCGACGUGGAGCGAAUGCCAGGACCCCGUCUUUGUCGACGACAACGACAACUACAACGGCACCGAGCACGAGGAGAAGUUCCGGACCCUGGUAGAGCGCACGAACAACGUCCACGUCGGCUCCGGCCAGGCGGAUUACGUGAUCAAGCCCAACGUGACGACGCUCGCCAUCCAGUACAUCAAGUGGAACGGCCAGCAGGGAUUCCAGAAACAGCCGUCCGAGGACCUCCUCAUCCCCGCCGUCAACAACGUUGACGACAACGUCCCUAGCUGGGCUGGUGCCAACGUGCAAGGAUCGGUCCACACUGAGCGCGGCUUCACACACUCUACUGCCAAGCUGAGUGGCCAUAUGAUUCCUCAGUAUGCGCCGAGCGUGGCGUUCAGGCACAGUGAGCAUAUGCUUGGACGCGUGGCCUCGUUGUCGAGCGGCGCACCCUGGUCUGUGAACAUUUCCACUACUUUUCAGUGGCCUUAUUAG